UUUGAUACACUUUAAUUUACUUUUAAAAAUAAACUAUUGUUUGCUUUUGGAAAAUUUAAAACUAGUUGGAAAUUUAGUUUAAGGUUAUGUUUUCAGUUACUUAUUUUUUGUUUUACGUAUGAGCCAUUGAAUUUUGAUUUUACAGCCACUACUGUCAAAACAAGACAUCUGUUAUCACAAUUUUCAAAUAUAAUCUGUUUUUUCGUCAAUUUCAUAGAAUCUUUGGUCCAGCCCAACUGUCAAUGUCAUCUGGUCGUCCGUGAUCGCUUGUCAAAUUCUGCAGUUUUAUAUUUUUAUUUGCACGAAAAGUACAGAUUUAUGUUAAAUACUUUGAUUUUAAUUAAAUAAUCAAUCAUUUAGUUCAGAUUUGCAGCAUAUGUUUCUUAUGGAUUUUACAACUUAAAAAAAUUAGGUUAUAAUGACUCACAGAACUGUUGGUAACUUUUUAGCAAAGUUUCAUAAGCCAGGACUAUUCAAAAACAUACUAUUACGCUCGGGCAUUGGAAAUUCGACUUUGGGAAGGAGGCAUGUCUAUAAGCAAAUGACGUUAUGUUUAUCAAGAACACAUCUGGAAUCCAUAAGAACACUUGCAACUACUCCUAACGCACUACCUGACCUUUCUAAACCGGAACAGAAAAAAUAUGAAGGAAAAUUUCAAAUAAUGUUUACAUGUAAAAUUUGUAAUCAUAGAAAUUCAAAAUUUAUAACAAAAUUAGCAUAUUACAAAGGUGUAGUUAUAAUUAUAUGUGAUGGUUGUGAAAACAAACAUCUUAUAGCAGACAAUCUCAAUUGGUUCACUGAUAUGAAUGGAAAGAAGAAUAUAGAAGACAUUAUGGCUGAAAAAGGAGAGGUAGUACAAAAAAUUAUGUCUGAGGACUUAGAAUUUAUCUUAAAAGCAACUAAAGAAGAACAAAAAGAAACACCUGCACUGGAAAGCUGAAAAUAAAACUUAACUACUGUACUUGAUUGUAAAAUAAAUAAUUAUUGGUUGUAGAAAUGGUGAAAAUAUGUUACUAAAUAUUAAUAAAAUUACUGAAUGAAAUCAAUCACU